AAACUAACCCCAAACCCCAAUCCACCCCAUCCCCUCCUCAUCCACUCCGGGCGGCCAUGGCCUGCUCCUUCUCCGCCGCCAUCACCGUCUCUUCCGCCCCUACCCCGGCCGCCAGACCCCUCGCUGCUGCCACGCAGUCCGUCUGCAUCGCUCGCUCCGCGGUCGCCACCACUGCCAGGCCGCUCCGCCUCGCCGCCUCAAGGUCCGCGCGGGCUACCAGACUCGUUGCCCGCGCCAGCGUAGUCGAUGACUUGCCGCUGGUCGGGAACAAGGCGCCAGACUUCGAAGCCGAGGCUGUGUUCGACCAGGAGUUCAUCAACGUGAAGCUCUCUGAUUACAUUGGGAAGAAGUACGUCAUUCUGUUCUUCUACCCCUUGGAUUUCACCUUCGUCUGCCCGACCGAGAUUACUGCGUUUAGUGACAGAUACGAGGAAUUUGAGAAGUUGAACACUGAGGUUCUUGGUGUUUCCAUUGACAGUGUGUUCUCCCACCUUGCAUGGGUGCAGACAGACAGGAAGUCGGGUGGGCUCGGCGAUCUUAAAUACCCACUUGUUUCUGAUGUGACCAAAUCAAUUUCAAAGGCCUUUGGUGUUCUGAUCCCUGACCAGGGUAUUGCUUUGAGAGGACUGUUCAUCAUUGACAAGGAGGGAGUGAUUCAGCACUCUACCAUUAACAACCUUGCCAUUGGUCGUAGUGUGGAUGAGACCAUGAGGACCCUUCAGGCAUUGCAGUACGUCCAGGAGAACCCAGACGAGGUGUGCCCGGCCGGAUGGAAACCAGGGGAGAGGUCGAUGAAGCCCGACCCCAAGGGAAGCAAAGAGUACUUCGCGGCCAUCUAGAUUCGUCGUCAUUGAGAAGCAGGUGCCCGUUAAGUGCUCCAGCAGUAGGUUCUCGUGUUCAGCGGAGCUCGCGUUUUGACAAGUGUGUUGUGCUGAUGUGCAUCCCGAUUUGAGUGCUGUUCUUUGCCACCUUGUUUAGUUCUUUCAGCUGACGAAUAAGGUUCAUUGCACGU